AACUGAACCGAGAAAUACAAACUGACAUUUCGCAUGUUUGUUUUGAUUUGCGUGCAAAUUUUUGGAGUGUGAUUUCUUGUGAAAAUCGGGGUUGAAAAUGGCAAAUGCCGCUAGACGGGACAUUUCCCCAAUUCUACGUGAAGUGAGGAGCUUCCUUCUUGGACGCAAACACACCAAUGCUCUUCGCUUUGAGGAUGGAGUUGCUGCUCGAACUCAGCCACCUCCAGACAUUCCUGGAGGUCCUGCUCAUAAAUUGUCUGCCAACUACUAUGUGAAUCGUGAUGCUCGUCGUCUGGUAAAACCACCUUCGGAUUGUACUCGGGUUUUGCUCACCGAAGGCGAGAAGGGUUCGACGAGUGCUGCGAAACUACCAACUCCUGGAAAAGCCUAUGCUUGGGAUUAGUUGAAUUUAUGUGAAUAUCUGUAGAUAACCGCGAAAAUACAUUGAGGAAAAUUGAAUUUUA